GGUUCUUUCAGUUAUGCUAACAGGCUUAGCAGUCCCCUUUAACAGGAGGAAUAAACAGGUGACCUCUAGGAGGAAGUCCUCAAAUGCAAACGUCCCCCAGGGGAGGGAAUCUGGGCUGUAAAGUGCUUCGGCUGGAAUCCUGCCAUUAUUGAGACAGAUAGGUGAUCCCUUCUGUCACUCAGGCUCCAGGGGGGCGGGCCCUGUACCAUAGCCAAUGAGACGCUGCUUCAGGCUGCUGGGAGAGUUCAAGGAGCAGCGCCAGUGUGAGGCUGCUAAAGCUCAGAAGCGGUGCAAAAACGUGGUGCUGUCUGGCGCUGCCACCUGCGGGAUCCCUGCUCAUUGCUGAGCCCCUGGUGGUUCACCUCCCAUUGCUCCUUGACCUCCAUUUCCGACGGAAGCCACAGGGAAGACACCUGGACACCGCACGAGUCAGGAGAUGGAGCCCGUGACCUUUGAGGAUGUGGCCAUGAAUUUCACCCAGGAGGAGUGGGCUCUGCUGGAUCCUUCCCAAAAGCAGCUCUACAGAGAUGUGAUGCAGGAAACCUCUGGGAACCUGGCCUUUAUAGGAGAAAAAUGGAAAGAACUAAAUGUUGAAGAUGAGUUCAAAAGCCCCAGGAAAAACCUAAGAAGUCAAGUGGUUGAGAGACUCUGUGAAUGCAAAGGAGAUAGUCAGUGUGCGGAAAACCUUAACUGGACUCCAGAGCAUAUUUUGAAGGAAAAAACUCCUCCAGGAGUAACACCAUGUGAAAGUCCUGUGUGUGGAGAAGUGACCAUUGGUCAUUCAUCCCUAAAGGUGCCCCUGAGAGGUCCCACUGAACACGAACCAUGUGAGCAUCAGGAAUAUGGAGAGAGGCCAUAUAAUCAGAAGGAGUGUGGGAAAUCCUUCAGCUAUUCUCAGUGUUUGCAGACUCAUGAAAGGACUCACAGUGGAGAGAGACCCUGUGACAAAAAAUGUGAUGAAGCCUUUAGGUGUUCCAGUCCUGUUGGAAAUCAAAAAAGGACUCACACUGGCGAGAAGCCUUAUAAAUGUAAGCAAUGUGGGAAAACCUUCGCUCGUUCUAGUAUCCUUGUAGAGCAUGAAAGAAUUCACACCGGAGAGAAACCAUUUGUGUGUAAGAGUUGCGGCAAAAGAUUUACUCGUUCUAGUUCCCUUUACACACAUGAAAGAAUUCACACUGGAGAGAAACCCUUUGUUUGUAAGCAAUGCAGUAAAGCCUUCUGUGAUCAGAGUUCCCUUCGAUACCAUGAAAGAAUUCACAGGGGAGAGAAGCCAUAUGUAUGUAAGCAAUGUGGGAAAGCCUUUGCUUGUUCUGGUACCUUUCGAAAACAUGAAAGAAUUCACGAAGAAGAGAAACCCUAUAAAUGUCUGCACUGUGUGAAAGCCUUCCGUUCUGACAGUGCCUUUCGAAAACAUAAGAGAGUGCAUACUGGAGAGAAACUCUAUGUAUGUCCACAUUGUGGUAAAGGCUUUGUUUAUUCCAUUUCUUUUAAGUACCAUGUAAAGACGCACAAUGGAGAGAGAGAAAAGAAACCCUAUGAAUGCAAGCAGUGUGGUAAAACGUUCUAUAGUGCCAAUUACCUGAAAGAACAUGAGAACAUUCACAGUGGAGAGAAACCCUAUGAAUGCAAGCAGUGUGGUAAAGCCUUCCAUAAUUCCGCUUCCCUCCGAAGACAUAACAAAGUGCACACUGGAGAAAAGCCACAUGUAUGUGAGCAAUGUGGGAAAACCUUUGCUUCUUCUAGUUCCUUUCGGAGACAUAACAAAGUUCACACUGGAGAAAAACCACAUGUAUGUGAGCAGUGUGGGAGAGCCUUUGCUUGUUCUAGUUCCUUUCGGAGACAUAACAAAGUUCACACUGGAGAAAAACCACAUGUAUGUGAGCAGUGUGGGAGAGCCUUUGCUUGUUCUGAUUCCUUUCGGAGACAUAAAAGAACUCACACAGGAGAGAAACCCUAUAGAUGUAUGCACUGUGGAAAAGCCUUCAGUUCUGACAGUGCCUUUAGAAGACAUAAAAGAAAAAAAAUGCAUACUGAAGAGAAACCAUAUUUUGACAGCAUUGCAGCAGAGCCUUCAUUUAUCCCUCUUCAUUUAAAUACCACAUAAGAACGCACAAUGGAGAGAAACCUUAUGUAUAUGAGCAAUGUGGGAAAACCUUCCUUAUUUUGAAUCAUUUUAUAGCACAUGAACAAGCUCAUAGGGGCAAAUCCUAUGUGUGUAAGCAGUGUGAGAAAAUCUUGUUUCCCAGUUCCCUUCA